CUGAUUACCAUGGGAAUCCCAGCCCCAUGAAACUUGCCCUUAGCUUCCUUCCCCACUUUCGCCCCGAGCGAUGGGACACCUUCCCUGCAGCAAUAAUAACUUAUUCGUGGGGAAAAGAUCCCGGGAAGCUGGAAUCGACAGCAGCGAAACGUCGACCCACCGGGAAAGCAACGUUUCCGGAACAAUGCAGCAACUGCAUAAGGAGGAUUGCAAAUUCCCUUGGAUAUAACUGAGGAAGACAUCCCGGGCGCCCGAGGAGAUUAUCCGUUGGGUUUCGUACUCCCACCCACCCCCAGUUUCCCCCCACAUGGCCAAUAUAUUCUCGUAGCAUUCUGCAUGGUCCAGAAGCCUGGUGCGCGCACUGGGAUCCUACUGGAAGGAAGGAAGGAAGAUUUCUUUGCAGGGAGCUGGUCAUCCAAGCAAAGCUGUUAACACCGAGAGCAGCGCUGGAGUUUAAAUGUCCAUUUCCCCCCUCUCUCUCCAAGGUGCUGAAACGUGGGGGGUGGUUUGCUGUCCAGGGUCCUGAAAUCCCAGCGCCUCGCCCGUCUAUGUUCAACUGCCUCCUCUUCCCCACGCCACCUCUAACUGCAAGGAUUGUGUACAAAAUUAACAAAGAGGAUAUUUUCCACCAUUUUAUCCAGUCUGGUAUUUAUUUAUUUAUUUUUGUUUCUAAGUGCCAAUUCGCUUGUUCUGACGUGUGGACUACAAAUUCAUCCGAUCUGAAAAAAUGUGUAACCUCAAUGCACUUGGAGUCUACCUUUGGGAGACCAUAGUAUUCUUCAGCCUCGCCGCUUCCAAAGAAACUGGAGCAGCAGCCCGAUCCGCUCCUAAACUUAUGUCCCCUUCAGAUUUCCUGGACAAAUUGAUGGGAAGGACAUCAGGAUACGAUGCCAGAAUCAGGCCCAAUUUUAAAGGCCCUCCAGUGAAUGUCAGCUGCAAUAUUUUCAUCAACAGCUUUGGAUCUAUUGCAGAAACCACUAUGGAUUACAGAGUGAAUAUUUUCUUGCGGCAGCAGUGGAAUGACCCCCGGCUGGCGUACAAUGAGUAUCCAGAUGAUUCCUUGGACUUGGACCCAUCCAUGUUGGACUCCAUCUGGAAGCCCGAUUUGUUCUUUGCUAAUGAAAAAGGGGCUCAUUUCCAUGAGAUCACCACAGAUAACAAACUUCUGCGCAUCGCCAGAAAUGGGAAUGUCCUGUACAGUAUCAGGAUCACCUUGACGCUGGCUUGUCCCAUGGAUCUGAAGAACUUCCCCAUGGACGUCCAGACAUGUAUUAUGCAGUUGGAGAGCUUUGGCUACACAAUGAACGAUCUGAUAUUUGAGUGGCAAGAGAAAGGAGCUGUGCAGGUUGCUGAUGAUUUAACCCUGCCUCAGUUCAUCCUAAAGGAAGAAAAGGACUUGCGCUACUGCACAAAGCAUUACAAUACAGGCAAGUUCACCUGCAUAGAAGCUCGUUUCCACCUGGAGCGGCAGAUGGGCUACUACCUGAUCCAGAUGUACAUCCCCAGUCUGCUGAUUGUAAUUCUCUCUUGGAUCUCUUUCUGGAUCAACAUGGAUGCUGCGCCUGCCCGAGUUGGUCUGGGCAUCACUACUGUGCUCACUAUGACCACACAGAGCUCCGGUUCCCGAGCAUCUUUGCCCAAGGUGUCCUACGUGAAGGCCAUUGAUAUAUGGAUGGCUGUGUGCUUGCUGUUUGUCUUCUCGGCUCUGCUGGAGUAUGCCGCUGUCAACUUUGUGUCCCGGCAGCACAAGGAGCUGCUCAGGUUCAGAAGGAGAAGGCGGCACCAUAAGGAGGACGACACCGGAGAAGGCAGGUUCAACUUUUCGGCCUACGGGAUGGGGCCCGCCUGCCUUCAGGCCAAGGACGGCAUCUCAGUCAAGGGAGCCAAUAACAACAACACGGCCAACCCAGCGCCGCCCCCUUCAAAGUCCGACGCCGAGAUGCGCAAGCUCUUCGUCCAGCGGGCCAAGAAGAUAGAUAAGAUCUCGCGGAUCGGCUUCCCCAUGGCUUUCCUCAUCUUCAACAUUUUCUACUGGAUCAUCUACAAGAUCGUCCGAAGGGAAGAUGUCCACAAGCCAUGAGCUGGGGAGCAAGGUUCGUAGGUGGAAUUCCAAGAAGAUGAGGAUGGAUGGUGGUUCAAGGCAAGACAGGUGGCUACUCUAUACACACUACGUGCAAUAGCAAUGCAGUGAUGCAUGAAUUUAAGAAUGUGGCAAUAUCUAUUUUAAAAAAAACAAAGGGGGUGACUUUUAAAACAAAAUAUAUGAACUGAGGAAUAUUACGGGGGGUGGGCAGUGGGAAGAAAGCUUUCGAAAACUUGAGUGGGGUAAGAUUAUGGGAGGGGCAAGUUGUUUUGCAGCACUGGGAAGUUUAGGGUUGC